CGGCCCAGCCGCCGCUGCCCCCCGCGCCCGGCGCCGAGCUCCCGGGUCCCCGGGCCGGCUGUCGGUGCCGGCAGGGCGCGGAGGGGGCGGGGGCCGCGGCUCGUCCCCCCGCGGAUGAGCCGCCGCGGACGGGGCGCGGGCGGACGAUGGAACUCCACAUCCUGGAGCACCGGCUGCAAGUUGCCAGCGUCGCCAAGGAGAGUAUCCCGCUGUUCACCUACGGCCUGAUCAAACUUGCCUUCCUGUCCUCCAAGACCAGGUGCAAGUUCUUCAGUCUGACUGAGACGCCAGAAGAUUACACUAUCAUUGUCGAUGAGGAAGGAUUCCUAGAGCUGCCCUCCUCGGAGCACCUGAGUGUGGCGGAUGCCACCUGGCUGGCCCUGAACGUGGUGUCCGGCGGUGGCAGCUUCUCCAGCUCCCAGCCCAUCGGCGUGACCAAGAUCGCCAAGUCAGUCAUCGCCCCACUGGCCGACCAGAACAUAUCCGUGUUCAUGCUGUCCACGUAUCAGACAGACUUCAUCCUGGUGCGUGAGCGGGACCUGCCCUUUGUCACCCACACGUUGUCAUCAGAGUUCACCAUCCUGCGGGUCGUCAAUGGCGAGACCGUGGCAGCCGAGAACCUCGGCAUCACCAACGGCUUCGUGAAGCCCAAGCUGGUCCAGAGGCCGGUCAUCCACCCACUGUCCAGCCCGAGCAACAGGUUCUGUGUCACCAGCCUGGACCCUGACACGCUGCCUGCUGUUGCCACACUCCUCAUGGAUGUCAUGUUCUACUCCAAUGGAGUGAAGGACCCCAUGGCCACUGGGGAUGACUGCGGCCACAUCCGCUUCUUCUCCUUCUCCCUCAUCGAGGGCUACAUCUCCCUGGUGAUGGAUGUGCAGACGCAGCAGAGGUUUCCUAGUAACUUGCUGUUCACAAGCGCAUCCGGAGAGCUCUGGAAGAUGGUCCGGAUUGGAGGACAGCCCCUGGGGUUUGAUGAGUGUGGCAUCGUGGCCCAGAUCUCGGAGCCCUUGGCCGCUGCGGACAUCCCAGCCUACUACAUCAGUACUUUCAAGUUUGAUCAUGCACUUGUCCCAGAAGAGAACAUCAAUGGUGUCAUCAGUGCCCUGAAGGUCAGCCAAGCAGAGAAGCACUAGAAGGGUCUCUUCUGCUCCUCCCUGCCGCCGCCCGGGCCUAGCCCUAACCCUGAAGAUUGAUCUUGCAGUAUUUCUCUACAGACUGGAAAAUCAGCCUGGGGACCCUGAGGAAGGGGCCUCUGUGGGAGACUCCCUCGAUUGCCAAUCCCUCCAGGGCAGGGGCCCACGCCAAGGCCUCUCCAUGCCCUCCUGCCUUCCCGGAGCCCCCCGACCCUCCAGAGAAUGACCUUUCUCUUCCCCACCUCCCCCACCCCAGAAAAUGCUUUUGGAGGCCCAGGGAGCUUGUGAGCUGAUCCGCCUUCUCAUCCGGGCUCACCUACGGCCAGGGGCAGAUGCCGAGGGAAGCUGGUCCCUCCUACGAGACACUGGUGUGCCAGCUGUCAUGUCACCUUGCAGGGCUGGGGCUGGCAGGGUGGGGCCGAGUUUGGGGUGCCUGGGAGGGUUUGGGGGUGAGUACUGUGAUCACUGGUCUCUGCUUCCAUCAGCUCAGGGCUGGUUCCCUCGGAGUGGAGGCCAGCAUGGCCCCCUCAGGUCAUCGGGGCUGGUGAGGCUCAGACAGGAAUCCAGGUGGGAUCCCCGAGCUGGGAAGGACCCAGACUCCCCCUAUACCUCGCCUGUCAACCACAGGGCCUGGGCCCAACUCCCAGCAAGACUCCCAAGAGGGCCCUGUCCAGACCCUCCCCGACAAGCACUCAGUCCUUGGGGGAGGAGGGAGGGUCCCAGGAGACCCACCAGCCUGGAGCAUCAGCUCCUGUCCCCUCGGCUCUCCCUGGACCCGACUUGGGCAGGUAGAGCCUCAGCUUCCCCCAGCAGGGACAUCCCUGGCUUUCCGGGCCUGAGGUUUCUUAGGUGGUGUCCCACCUCCCCAACAGACAACUAGACCAGCAUAGGACUCCCCACCGUCCUCCUCCCUCCUCUGCCCCCAACUCACCUGCCUGCCCACCUGCCCCUUGGUCGGGGGCUGUGGCAUCAUGAUUACUUGACCCAGGAGGCAGCUUAACUGAGCCUUAAUAGAGAAAACCGUACUUUGUUUUAGUUUUUUAUUUAAUGUAUUUGCACCCAGGCUGCUCUUGGCGGUAGUUUCUGUUUGGCGGGGAUAGGACCUAUUUGAGUUCUGUCAAGGGGGCCUGGAGGCUCCGUGUCUAGGCUGGUGCUCUGUGGCUCCAGGGGCAGGCAGUGGGAGUCGGGAGAUGUCACAGGAGCCUUGGCCCUCUCUUCUGAAGGGAAGCUGGGAGCAGAGAUCUCUUACAAGACGCUGGAGCUGCUGGCACCCCACAUGGGAACUCCCAACCAGCUGUGGUUCUAUCUGAGCACCGGAGGGGGUGAGGGAACCCGAGGGCCAUGGAGAGGUGGACAGCCGGGUGGCGGGCCAGCUGAGUGGUCAUGUCCAGGAGGCAUGGGGUUAGCUGUGGUGUCCCUUCUAGUGGGGUGGUUUUCUGAAUGAGCAAGACCAAGGGCCCCUGUGGCUUUCGCUCUGGUGGGUUUUUUUUUUUUUUUUUUUUUUUUGAGAUGGGAGUCUGGCUCUGUCACCCAGGCUGGAAUGCAGUGGCACGAUCUUGGCUCACUGCAACCUCCUCCUCCCAGGUUCAAGUGAUUCUCCUGCCUCAGCCUCCCGAGUAGCUGGGAUUAUAGGCACACACCAUCACGUCUGGCUAGUUAUUGUAUUUUUAAUAGAGACGGGAUUUCGUCACGUUGCUCAGGCUGGUCUUGAACUCCUGAGUUAAGUGAUCUGCCUGCCUCGGCCUCCCAAGAUGCUGGGAUUACAGGCAUGAGCCAUCACACCCAGCCGAGUUGUGCUGUUUCUGUGGUCAGAGGAGAAGGGAUAUUUCUAGUCCUGGCGAAGUGCUCCCCGCUUCUCUGAGCUGUGUAGAAUCCUCUGAGCCCUGGAAGCCCACCAGAUGGAGAAGCUGUUCUUUAAAAUCCUUGUGGGUGUUCGAGCCCCACCACAUUAAUUAGAAACCAACUUUUUUUUUUUUUAAGUUAAUUCGUUUUGCACAAAACUCCAAAACAAAACUCGUACAUUGCUGGUCCCAAAAGGGAGGUGGCCGAGUGGGGCAGGGCUGCGGUGGAAGCCCUGAGUCCCCUUUCUGACCUUGCAAGGCCUUGAUUUUCCUUUCUGUCAUUUCCCCCUGACGGUGUCACUUCUCUGCCUUUCCUUCCCGCCGUGCAAGUGUGUCGGCCCCGUGACCCCAGAGUCGUGUGUCCCCUAGACUUCCUAGGACGUAUCUAUUGUACACACCUAUAAAUACCUGUGUUUUAUGUUGAUAGAGAUAUAUACUGUAAAUAGCAUAUAUACUUGAGCAAUAUAUAUGUUAAUAUAUACUGUGUGCGCAGUCCGUGGACACAGCCCCCCGCUGUGUGUGCACACGUGUAUGGGCGUGACGGCCUCCACCCCACACCGUCUGCCAUGCACGCGGGCACAUUUGAGCCACCAUAUAUUUUUAAUUCAAGUAUAUAGGCAAUACGAUUAUUACAGAAGCCGAUGGGUUCCCUCAGACCUGACUUGAGAGAACAAAGCCAGCAGCUCAAAGAGCCUGCGACAUGGGACAUGGGAUGGGUGCCGAGAGCCCGCUGUGGCGUGGGUCAUGCCUCCUGCACCCCACUUUCCCCAGCCAAGGUCCCUGGGCGCCCUUGUUUUAUUUGGGGGGACGUUGAUCCCGAGGGAGGAGUAUUUGGAACUUCUUGCUUUUAACCAGAAUGACCCCUCUCCCCUGCCCCCGCCAGCGGCCUCGCCCUGAAGACCUGGGCCUGCUGAAUGGGCCACACGCUGCCUGCGUCCCGCCUCCGUGGGUGGCACUUUUUACGCAGGCGGCUUCUCUGUUUUUUUUUUUGUUUUUUGUAACCUGCAAGCUUAGAAAUCUCAGGUUCUGCUCCCGGGGCUGCUCCUGGGGACUGGCCUCGUGUCAUGGAGAAAAGCACGCAUGUCGGGGUGUGCUGGGGCCAGGGUAUGGCUCUCCGCCCUGGCUGGCUCUGCAGGGGUGGUCCCUGUUCCAGCCUGCUCCGUGGGAGCUGCCCCCUGGGGACCCUGCUCCUCGGUCACAGGGGGACCCUUUAGUUUUCCCGUCCCCAUCCUGCUCGUGUAAAGCUUGGUUUAUCUUCUCGGCGUUCUGUGUGUAGCGUAGUCUUGGUUUGGUCUCCACAGCUCUUCGGGGUGGGGUAUGAGUGUGGGUUUUCCCAGGCAGGGGCCGUCUGCCCUUGUCCCCCGGCCAUCUCCUGGUCUGCUGGGUGGGAGGGUCUCUCCAGGCCCCAGACCCCACUUGGAGGGGCAUGUGUUUCUCGGAGGGGCUCCAUCCGCAGUUGCAUGGAACUCCUUACCUGUUUGCCGUCCGUCCCCUGGAGGUAAUCAGAGGAGUGGGCCCGUUGUAUUGGCACUGGCGGAUGGGGCAGAUGCCUGGCGGGGGAGGAAGAGGGCUCUCUAGUAUGUGGAUUUUUUUUUUUUUUUUUUCCAAGAUGGAGUCUUGCUCUGUCGCCCAGGCUGGAGUGCAGUGGCACGAUCUCAGCUCACUGCAGCAACCUCUACCUCCUGGGUUCAAGCGAGUCUCCUGCCUCGGCCUCCCAAGUAGGUGAGAUUACAGGCACUCGCCACCACACCCGGCUAAUUUUUGUAUUUUUAGUAGAGACGGGGUUUCACCAUGUUGACCAGGUUUGUCUCGAACUCCUGACCUCAAGUGAUCCACCUCGGCCUCCCAAAGUGCUGGGAUUACAGGCGUGAGCCACCGUGCCCGGACUUGUGGAAUUUCUAGGGGUGAGCAGGUGACCCUGGGGCUGCCACUUGAGCUCCUGGAGUGUGUGUCUUGGCCCCUGUGUGGUUCUCCAGUAAGAAAAGCUCAGACAGUCUCAACCCCACCCUCUCCCCUUCCUGCACUCCGAGUACCAGUGGGAGCUGAAGGAUGGGGAGGAACAGAGCAGUGACCACCCCCUCCCUGCCACUGAUAAGUUCUGCCUCGUUGUGGGGCUCCCCUGUUCCCAAGACACCCCUUUCUCCCUCAGCCCCUCGUCCUGACCCAGCAAAGAUCUGGGCAUUGCCGACUCUGCACCUCCUUCCUCCAUGGGCAUCUCCAGGACCGCCCUCCUUCAAGGGGCACUGCCCACACCACCAUCCUCAGCCCGAGGCAUGCAUCCGAGCUGGAGAGGCUUGCAGGCCUGACCCUGGUAGCCUCCCCUCCCCAAGAUUCAGAGGUGGGGACCCAGAGCCUCACUCCAAACCACUGGCAUUUUUACCUCCUCUCACCUCCAGGCACCAGGCUGCUGGUGGGAAAGGAAGGAGCUGGGGGAUCAGAGGCUCCCAGUGUGGCCUCCGGAAGCAGCAGCAUAGCCAGGGUGACAUUUGUUUAGCAGGAGGAGGCUUGGUCUGGAGGGGCUUGCCCCUCUGAGGUGACACAGGAUGCCCUGGAGGUCAGGAGAGAAGACUGGGAAGACAGGAAAGGCCAGGCCCCUGUUAAAGCCCAGGGCACUAUUUGGUGAUCUUCAAAGGUGAACACUGGCCCCCUCCUCCUGGCCACAUUUUCCAGGGAUACCCUGGGGAGUCCUAAGGUCACCCUGGGCCCCUUUCUGAGCAUUGAGAUCUGGAUGUGGUGACAACCAGGGCUUUUCUCAGCCCUGCAAUGGGGGAAUCUUUUUUUUUUUUUGAGGCAGAGUCUCACUCUGUCACCCAGGCUGGAGUGCAGUAGUGCGAUCUCGGUUCGCUGCAACCUCUGCUUCCCAGGUUCAAGCGAUUCUCCUGCCUCAGCCUCCUAAGUAGCUGGGAUUAUAGGCACCCACCACCACGGUCGGCUAAUUUUUGUAUUUUUAGUAGAGACAGGGUUUCACUAUGUUGGCCAGGCUGUUCUCGAACUCCUGACCUCAGGUGAUCCGCCCACCUUGGCCUCCCAAAGUGCUGGGAUUACAGGCAUGAGAUACCCCGCCCGGCCAAUGGGAUUUUUGACGCCACUUCCUGAGUGAAGCACUUUGCAUGGGGAUGGGAAGAAGCACCCCCAACCUUCUAGCCCGCUCCGAGCAGGGCCUGGAGCAUUGGAGACAUUGGUUAGUGUAAUAGGCAGAGCCUGAGUGAGGCCGGUGCGCUUCUCCAACAGAGGUACUAUGCUGAGGGAGGGGGUUAGGCCUGGCGGGGGCCCAUUCAAAGGAGACCAGGCUUGGUAGCUUAGGCCUGUCAUCCCAGCACUUUGGGAGGCCAAGGCGGGAGGAUAGCUUGAGGCCAGGACAGCAAGACCCUGCCUCUACAAGAAAAUAACGAGAGGCCCCAGGGAAGGAAGCCAGCCAGGAGCAUCCUGGAGCAGAGGCAGGAGCCUGAGGCCUGAGCCAUGGCAUCCAGGGACAGCCUGGUGGCCGAGUCAGCUUGUGGCUGUCACUACAAGGGAAGAGGAGCUAUGGAAGUUGGAAGUGCAGGGCGGCCUGUGUGCUAGGAGUGAGGAUGCAGGCCUAGGUGUGUUUAUGCACACGUAUGUGCAUGUACGUGUCAGCGUGGAUGUGUUCCUAUGCAUUAAGAGUGUGUGUGUGUGCACGUGUGCAGAGCCCACACCUGAGAUACGGGACUGGCUGUUGGAGUAUUUUGAGUUCUCAGUAGCAGUCUUGCUGUCGGGCCUCAAGUGCAGAAAUGAUUAGGUGAGUGAGGGCAGGACUCGAAUGCAGACCCUGGCUCCAGGGGAGAGGGUGGGGCAUCUCUGGUAGGAUGGCCUUACCCCACUUGUCAGAACUACUUUGGAGGGGGGCAAAGGUAUCAGGAACAGUUAGAGCAGUUCUGGCUCAGGGUCACUCAUGAGGUUGCUGUUGUCUGAAAUCUUAGCUAAGGAUUGGAGGAUGCACUUCUAAGUGAGGCCUGGCUGUAGGCAGAAGGCCUCAGUCCUUCCCCAGGUGGGCCAACCCACGGGGCUGCUUGAGUGUCCUCACAGUAUGGCGCUCGGCUUCCCCCCAGAACAAGAGAUUCAAGGGCCCAGGGUAAAAGCCAAAGUGUUAUUUUUAUCCCUAGACUCAGAAUUCACACGCCGUUGCCUCCACCAUGCUCUGGUUUGAUACAGCCCAGCUCUGACUGGAAGGGGCUGGGGCUCCCUGUGCUGACUCUUCAAAGGCAUCCCAUCCUGAAGAUGGCGUUCACAGGGAGAGUUUGUGGGGCUGGCGCUCCCUCAUCUACUGGGGCUCAUUCUGGAAGAAGGUCCAGAAGAAUUGGAGACCCCUGCCCCUCACCCAAACUUUGGAGGUGGCAGGGUGAACAGCAGGCCAAGUUCAGGUCCCAAGACAGGCCAAGGCCAGUGCGGUUUACCGUCCACUGCCUCAGUUUACCUGUAUUCAGAAGACGGUCUAGGAAGAGUUGAGCAGAACAGUCCCAAGCCCUCCUCUGUCUCUAUGCCAAAAUCAUUUCCGUUAUCCUGAGAUGGGGGUAAGUGGAUGGAUGGUGUACUGAGGGGCCUCUGCCCUGCCCAGAGCCCCCCAUCAUAGUGGGGGCAGGGGACUUCCUGCCCGCGGCCCCCUCCAACCCUCACCUGGCAUGCCCGGCUCACCAGCAGCAGCAGCGGCGUUUCAUCGGUCCCAAGAUCUGGGUGAAGGGGAGAACCUGCCAUCUUAUCCCUACCCCCUGGGGCCCUCAAGCUUAUUUUCUUGUUGAAGAAACACAAAACCCUCGAGAUUCAUGUACUGUAUGUUGGAGAGAAAAAAAUUACCUAAUGUUCCCCCAAAAAAGACAGUAUAUUUUGUACUUUGUAAAGUGUUAAUUAAAAUGAAAAGGAAAAAAAAAAAC